CGCGCCCGCGCCCGUGUCGCCGCCGUGCCCGCGAGCGGGAGCCGGAGUCGCCGCCACCCGAGCGCAGCAGAGCGCACGCCGAGCCCGUCCGUCGCCGCCAUGGCCACCACGGUGACCUGCACCCGCUUCACCGACGAGUACCAGCUCUACGAGGAUAUUGGCAAGGGGGCUUUUUCGGUGGUCCGGCGCUGUGUCAAGCUCUGCACUGGCCAUGAGUAUGCAGCCAAGAUCAUCAACACCAAGAAACUGUCUGCCAGAGAUCACCAGAAGCUGGAGAGAGAAGCUCGAAUCUGCCGUCUCCUGAAGCAUUCCAACAUUGUGCGCCUCCACGACAGCAUCUCCGAGGAGGGCUUCCACUACCUGGUCUUUGAUCUGGUCACGGGUGGGGAGCUCUUCGAGGACAUCGUGGCCAGAGAGUACUACAGUGAGGCGGAUGCCAGUCACUGCAUCCAGCAGAUCCUGGAGGCGGUUCUCCAUUGCCACCAAAUGGGGGUCGUCCACAGGGAUCUCAAGCCCGAGAACCUGCUCCUGGCCAGCAAGUGCAAAGGGGCGGCCGUGAAGCUGGCGGACUUCGGCCUGGCCAUCGAGGUGCAGGGCGAUCAGCAGGCAUGGUUUGGGUUCGCAGGCACACCGGGCUACCUGUCCCCGGAGGUCCUGCGCAAGGAGGCCUACGGCAAGCCGGUGGACAUCUGGGCAUGCGGGGUGAUCCUAUACAUCCUGCUGGUGGGCUACCCACCCUUCUGGGAUGAGGACCAGCACAAGCUCUACCAGCAGAUCAAGGCAGGAGCCUAUGAUUUUCCCUCCCCCGAGUGGGACACCGUUACUCCUGAAGCCAAAAACCUCAUCAACCAGAUGCUGACCAUCAACCCCGCCAAGCGCAUCACAGCACACGAAGCACUGAAGCACCCAUGGGUCUGCCAACGCUCCACCGUGGCUUCUAUGAUGCACAGACAGGAGACUGUGGAGUGCUUGAAAAAGUUCAAUGCCCGGAGGAAGCUCAAGGGCGCGAUCCUCACCACCAUGCUGGCCACGAGAAAUUUCUCAGUGGGCAGACAGACCACCGCUCCGGCCACAAUGUCCACCGCGGCCUCCGGCACCACCAUGGGGCUGGUGGAACAAGCCAAGAGUUUGCUCAACAAGAAGGCUGACGCGGUCAAGCCCCAGACGAAUAGCACCAAAAACAGCACUGCUGCCACCAGCCCUAAGGGGACGCUCCCUCCGGCCGCCCUGGAGCCUCAAACCACGGUCAUUCAUAACCCUGUGGACGGGAUCAAGGAGUCGUCGGACAGCACCCACACCACCAUAGAGGACGAGGACACAAAAGCGCGGAAGCAGGAAGUCAUCAAGAUCACGGAGCAGCUCAUCGAGGCCGUCAACAACGGGGACUUCGAGGCCUACGCGAAAAUCUGUGACCCAGGCCUGACCUCGUUCGAGCCUGAAGCUCUGGGCAAUCUGGUCGAAGGGAUGGACUUCCACAGAUUCUACUUCGAGAACCUGCUCGCCAAGAACAGCAAGCCCAUCCACACGACCAUCCUGAACCCCCACGUGCACGUCAUCGGGGAGGACGCGGCGUGCAUCGCCUACAUCCGCCUCACGCAGUACAUUGACGGGCAGGGCCGGCCCCGCACCAGCCAGUCCGAGGAGACCCGCGUGUGGCACCGCCGUGAUGGCAAGUGGCAGAAUGUGCACUUCCACUGCUCAGGCGCGCCCGUGGCCCCGCUGCAGUGAAGAGCUGUGGCCGGCUUGGCGGGACGGACUCGUGUUGGGAGCCCCGCCGUCCGCGGCCCGCCCGUCGCAUGUUUGUGUCUCUGCCUCGUUCCCCCCCUGGUGCCUGUGUCUGCAGAAAACAAAGACCGGACGUGAUCUCUUUUUCACAACAAGAUGACAACACCACAAAAAAAAUUGAUGUUGGAUGAAACGGGAGGAAAAAAAAAAAAAACAAAGGAAAAAGCUGUAAAAAUCACUGGCAUUUGUGGGGCUUUGAACCGACGGGCACUCCCCACCCACGCUCCACGUGUCUGUCCGCUCCUGGCCCCUUGGGGACCGGUGGGGCAGUGAUCUUGUCCCCAGGGGCCGGGCCGAGGAACGCUGUUUGUUAGGUGGCACCCCCCCAGGCGUCUGCAUUCCCCCUCCCCCCCCCACCCGCCGUGCAUGGCUGCUGUCAGGAGUGUCGGCCACCUGGGGCCACGGGGACCUGAGCGCGGCUGUUCCCCUCCCUCCUCCUCACGCCCCCAGCAUGGAUGAGCAGCACGGAGGCUAGCUGGCUCCGGGGGGGCCCGGUGCACCAUCCGAGAAGCCCCCGUGGGCCCAGGGCUCCCCCUCUGGUCCCUUCAGGGCCGGGGAGGUACAGACCUUACCCGGGCAGGAGACUGGCCAAGAGGACACUGUUGGCUGGGCUGCAGCCCCGGCAGGAGGGGAACCCUUGGGAUGGCCUCCCUCCUGUUGGGGUGCCUCCCUUCUGCCCACUCCCCCGCCAGCCGGUGCAGCCACAGAGGGGCUCUGGGCUUGGUCAGGACGCAGGCAGGGGAGAGGGGGCAGAAGUGGGUGAGUGGAUCCCUGUGCUGCCAGGCCGGGGUUUGCUGACAGUGCUCUUGGAGUCUAGGCUGGAGCAGAGGGAGGGAGGGCUGCCCCAGGCCUGAGGCGCAGGGCGCGGCUGACCGGGACCCUGGGAUGAGGAGAAGACAGGCUGGGCCCAUCCCGAGGUCCCCCGGGUGCUGGUGGGCACCAUGGUGAGGCUCAGGGACGGCCCCGUGGUCGGAGGGCAGCAGAGAGCACCCGGUCAGCCGGCCAAGCAGGGUGGUUGCGGGGUGGGAUCACGGAGGUGUGGGUCCCUGCUGCCCCAACACCUGCCCUUUAAUUCACAUUUUCAACAAGGAUUUUCUUUAUCUUCCCCCACAAAUCAAGGCAAGGGAGGGGCACAGAGUGGGGAACGGGACGCAGGAUGCUGGUCUCCAAGGGGACUGUCCAUCAGCAGACACUCAGAAUGGACACUCACCUGCCCGUCCACGGCUGUGCUCAGGACAGCUGUCCCCACCCAUGGACACAGGGUAAACAUCCGCAGGGCUCACCGUGGACAGCGUGUGGCCCAGCCACCCUCCCCUCCGGGGGACCCCUCCCCGUCCCCUCACCUGUUGUCUCCACGGAGCUGCCUGUCUCGGGUAAUUUGGGGAUUUUUUUCUGGGGGAUAGUUCUUUUGCAUGACCCCUCUCGAGCAAGCCACACCUGCUCCUCUAGCUAGAUGUCCAAGGUGUGGUGGCGCCGGCCGGCCCGCUCUGUGGAGGGCCGGCUGCCCGCAGUGCUGGCCGGCAACCUCCCCUUCUCUCUUUUUGCUGAGUUCCAUUGUCUUUUCUUUCUGAGCCUUGUAAGUGUAAAAAAAUCAUUAUUUUGUUCUGUCUCGGGAAACUGCAAAUAAAAGAAAAACAGGACAAA